AUGUUCUGGACGAAAAUGAACGUUUUGCAUUGGCACAUCUCGGAUGAUGUGAGCUUUUCGCUGGAUCUCGAAGGAUACGAAAAGUUGCAAUAUAAGAAUCCAACGCCACUCAGAUACUCGGCUGAUGAUGUGAAGAGGAUAGUUAAGUUCGCUAAUUUGCUGGGCAUAAAAGUUAUUCCAGAAAUUGACGUUCCUGCUCAUACGACUAGUUGGACGAGAGGGUGA